AUGGAAGGCAAUAACAUCGCUGCGAACGUCGCGGCGGUGGUCGCCGCGUCAGAGCACGCUCUGGCGGCGGCCUCCAAUGCCCCGAUCCCCGCGACCGCUCCUCCAGGGUAUCGCCCACUCACACCGGUCGAACUCUUUGUUGUAAUGAACCGCAUGGCCAAAGCCGCCACCGCCUCAGAACGCGAGGCCGCGGAAAAGGCUUACAUAAGGUUCUUACAGUACGACCUCGCCGCCGCACUGCCAGGCGCAGCCAGUGAAGAGGCCAAGGUACCGCCGGGAGCCCCGCCAGGCGUGUCCACGCAAGAGGACACUGCACUGCCGGAGGCGGCCCCGAAGGGAGCGGAGCCACCAGGCGUGGCGUCUCAUGCACCCACUGCCCUGCUGGCUCCCCCCACGGUACAGGCCAGUCAAGAGGCUGCUGACCUGCCAGCAGCACCUCACGAGGACGUUAUUCCAGAAGCCAACCUGGAAAAAUUAAUCCACGAUGGCGAGGCUAUGGAAGUCUCACUCCCAUCGCGAAAAAGGCCGGCGGACGACGAUGAGUCGUCCGAAAACACCCCUUCUUCUGCCCACAGGAUGCCGCAGCAGAAGAAGAAGCAAACCGCGCCUGAAGGCGCCACAGAAGACAUUGAAGCCGCAGAGGAGGAAGAAGAUGAGUUUGUCGUCCCCAAGCGGAAGCACACGGCUCGGGCAAGGAAGCUCGAGCAGGUGCAGCCGCUCCCGACGGCAAACUCGUUCGAGUCCGCCCAAAUCGACACAGAGGCUACGGAGGAAGCGCCAAGGCCGCCCAAAAGGGUGGCCCCACCACCAAUCAAUGUCCUUUGGAAGGACACCUUUCGAGCCUUCCUAGAAAAAUUCUCUGAUGGUGUGUCUGCACCACCCAAAAUAAAGUCCCUUGGGCGCGAGAUGUUGCGCAUCACACCUGCAAACAUGGACGACUACCGCGCAACCAUGAGCGCCGCGGACGCGGACGUGGAACGUCACGCCCAGUCCAGCAAGGCACCAGCUAUGCCACAGCCGCAAAAGGCGCGGCCCCAGCCCACCAGGAGCGACAGCAAGCACCCCCAGACGCCACGAACAAGCCGGCUGCCACAAACCAGUCACCAGCAGCCCAGCCAGGCCCCACACCACCCGCAACAAGCACCAAAGACUGCAGUCAGGGCCCACUGCGUCCCACCCCCAGCUCCCCACACCAAACAUGUCAG